GUGAACACGCGGGCGUCUGCAUACAUCUUGCUCUCGGCGAUCGUCAUCUUUUUCAUGAGCUCGCGUUCGCAUCAACGACCUGGAGUAUGGCCUUAGCAUUGUUAGCCGAUUUUCUACGACGAAUGCGUUUGGACUUCUUCCUGACACCCGCAACCACGCUUCGUACCAGGGUUCUACGAUGUGAUCCGUCCUCUAUCCUUUUCGACAACGACACUCCCAGAUUCUCCGACUCAGAAACGGAAAAAGCUUUACGACAAGCAUCAGAUAUCCUCCACUCCCUACAACCUCUUGCAUUUCCAACAGAGACGGUGUAUGGCUUAGGAGCACUAGCUUUGGAGCCCACCGCAGUCGCACGCAUUUUCUCGACGAAGGGCAGGCCGCCAGAUAAUCCGCUCAUUGUUCAUGUUUCUUCUCAUGCAAUGCUUCGUCGCCUCCUUCCAACGAAUUAUGUGAUACCUCCAAUCUACGAAUUGCUCAUGAAGCACUUUUGGCCGGGAGCGUUGACGCUUCUAUUCCCCACCGACCCUUCCCUUGUUCCUCCAAUAAUAACAGCAAACCAACAAACCGUAGCGGUGCGCAUGCCCUCUCAUCAUGUUGCCCGAGCAUUGAUAGCCGUAGCGGAUGCACCUAUUGCUGCACCGAGUGCGAACUCGUCCGGAAAGCCCAGUCCUACUCGUGCAGAGCACGUUCUCCGAGAUCUGGACGGGAAAAUCCAGUUGGUCUUAGACGGCGGUGCAUGCGGCGUUGGGCUGGAGAGUACCGUUUUGGACGGCCUCAAUAAAGAUGGCAAUCUUCGCAUUUUGAGGCCUGGAGGUGUCACUGUGGAAGAUCUGGAGAGAGUAAUCACCACUGCAUAUCGUGGAGGCGAAUCUGUCCCUAGGGUUUUGGUUCAUAGACGCGACUAUAGAGACGAAGUCAUGGAACAAGCUCCAACCACGCCCGGGAUGAAGUAUAGGCAUUAUUCACCGGCAGUACCCGUUAUUUUGGCGUGUACGGUCUCUACACCUCCGUCAGGUGUCGAGAAUGUAUCAGCUGCCUCUUUCGUGGAUUCCCUAAGAAAACAUUAUGCAUCAGAUAAAGGUCUUAAAGUCGGUAUUCUGGCUCCGUCAGAUUCGUCAUUUGCAGCACGGUUAUCUGCGCUGGAGGGGAUCAACUGGCAGCAUUAUUCCCUUGGCCCAGCCGCAGAGCCAGCAAUCGCGGCGCAGCGUUUAUUUGAUGGUUUGCUUUCUCUGGACCAGGAUGGCGUCGAUGUGAUUGUCGUUGAGGAACUCAAGGAAGAACGUGAAGGACUGGCUUUCAUGAAUCGAGUGCGCAAGGCUGCCGGAGAUUCGGUAUGGGUUCGGACAUAGACUAGGAUAAUGGCGAUUAUAGAUAGAGCUCGCAUGUAACGUGUGUAUACAUUUCUCUCGACUAACAGUGUCAAAAUAGUACUCAGCUUUGUUAUUGGUACUCUAGAUAUCCUUUGCAAGGAAUACACCGAUUGAUCAGGAUGUAGAUGGUUCCU